GAGGGAGGACACGGUUACAGCUUUGCCGUCAAUUGUGAGACCCGAGAGCUAGUCCUAAGCUAACACACUAACUCUGCAGCCUUCCUCACGACCCCAAGCCACCGAAGGCGGCGACACCUGAUCCAGCACACAAACAGGUCCCUUCUGUCCCCGGAUACAAUUUCGCGGCGGAGACACACUCAAACUCACGCUCAGCAGCCAAGAGCGGAGGUAAACGGACGGACCACGCCGCUCCAGCGGGCGGAAGGGGGGCGGGGCGCCAAGAGGAGAGGGGCGUUGUUUGUUCCCGGAGGUUGCUUGCAGUGUUUGAAUGUUGAGAAGCUAUGAAGUCUUACACUCUGUAUUUCAUGCUCCUGUGGAGUGCUGUUGGGAUAGUGAAGGCCGCCAAAAUCAUCAUCGUGCCGCCAAUUAUGUUCGAAAGCCAUAUGUACAUUUUCAAGACACUAGCCUCUGCCUUGCACGAGAGUGGGCACCACACGGUGUUCCUCCUCUCUGAAGGCAGAGACAUCACGCCAUCUAAUCAUUACAGCCUCCAGCGCUACCCAGGGAUCUUUAACAGUACCACCUCGGAUGCUUUCCUGCAGUCCAAAAUGCGGAAUAUUUUCUCUGGGAGAUUGACAGCAAUCGAACUGUUUGACAUACUGGAUCACUAUUCCAAGAACUGUGAUAUGAUGGUUGGCAACCAUGCCCUGAUUCAGGGUCUAAAAAAGGAAAAGUUUGACCUGCUGCUGGUGGACCCUAAUGACAUGUGUGGAUUUGUGAUAGCUCAUCUUUUAGGGGUUAAAUAUGCUGUAUUUUCAACUGGCCUUUGGUAUCCUGCUGAAGUGGGUGCUCCUGCCCCAUUAGCUUACGUCCCGGAGUUUAACUCACUCCUCACAGACCACAUGAACCUGCUGCAAAGGAUGAAAAACACCGGCGUUUACCUCAUUUCCAGAUUAGGGGUCAGCUUUCUGGUUCUUCCCAAAUAUGAGAGGAUAAUGCAGAAGUACAACCUGUUGCCGGAGAAGUCCAUGUAUGACUUGGUCCAUGGGUCCAGCCUGUGGAUGCUGUGUACAGAUGUAGCGCUGGAGUUUCCGAGACCCACUCUGCCUAAUGUUGUUUAUGUAGGAGGCAUCCUCACCAGACCGGCCAGCCCACUACCAGAAGAUCUCCAAAGGUGGGUAAAUGGUGCUAAUCAACAUGGCUUUGUCCUGGUAUCUUUCGGAGCUGGUGUCAAGUAUCUGUCAGAAGACAUUGCUAACAAACUGGCAGGAGCUCUGGGGAGAUUGCCCCAAAAAGUGAUUUGGAGGUUUUCUGGAACCAAACCAAAGAAUCUGGGAAACAACACCAAGCUCAUAGAAUGGUUACCACAAAAUGACCUGCUUGGGCAUUCAAAUAUUAAAGCCUUCCUGAGCCAUGGUGGUUUGAAUAGUAUUUUUGAAACUAUGUAUCAUGGUGUUCCUGUAGUGGGAAUCCCACUCUUUGGAGACCAUUAUGAUACUAUGACCCGGGUACAGGCAAAAGGUAUGGGGAUACUGCUAGAAUGGAAGACAGUUACUGAAGGAGAGCUGUAUGAAGCACUAGUGAAAGUUAUCAAUAAUCCCAGCUACCGUCAGAGGGCUCAGAAGCUUUCAGAAAUCCACAAGGAUCAACCUGGUCACCCCAUCAAUCGGACUGUCUAUUGGAUCGAUUACAUUCUCCGCCACAAUGGAGCCCAUCACCUACGUGCCGCUGUCCAUCAAAUCUCUUUCUGUCAGUAUUUUUUACUGGAUGUUGCCUUUGUGCUUUUGCUUGGUGCUGCCUUGUUUUACUUCCUCUUGUCCUGGGUCACAAAAUUUAUCUACAGAAAAAUCAAAAGUUUGUGGUCUAGAAAUAAGCAUAGCACAGUUAAUGGACAUUACCAUAAUGGAAUCCCCAAUGGCAAGUAUAAAAGAAAUGGCCACAUUAAACAUGAAAAGAAGGUGAAAUGAGCCAACAGCCCACCUGAUAGUAACAAAUCUGUUGAAUUUUUAUUGCUAUAAUUUAGUCUAACAACUACUAAAAGGAAAACAUCAGUAAACAAUUCUAACACUCCCUUAUCUGAUCUUACUAAUGAAAUUCUGUGGAAUUAAGAUGGCUGUAAAAAGCACAAACCUAAAAUGCAAAAAUGUAUUUUAUUCGAACACUGAUGCAGAGAGUUUUGGCACUGAACCUUUUAGAAGCCUUAAUUAUUUAAAUCAGUUAAGUGACCAUGUCAGACUUUAGUUUUAAGUCUUGAUAUAUGUGUGUUCCAGAUAAGGGAUGGUUUCUUUUCUCUUAAAAAGAUUUGUUUGUGUAUGUAUGUGUGUGUGUAUGUGUGUGGAUGUUUCCUAAUUAAGAUUAUUUCAGCCAGCUGCUUGUUAUAUUUGUUGACGGUACAACACAUUCAAGAAUGAUAUAGAAAGACGGUUAGGAUCCAAAUGUUUCUCUUCUAGAAUUUAAUAUACGGAAGCUCAGAACACUAUCAUGAAAGAACACUUUUCCCUCAAAACUGAAUGCAGAGGAAGAAAAUGAAAAGAUAGAUGACACUGGUUUUUGUACUUUUAGGGUUUUUUUGUUUAUUCAUUUUAGGUUUUUUGUUUUAUUUUAGUUUUACUUUUCUUACAGACUGUGGAUACUUCUGGGGGAAAAAAACAUACAAUUAAGUAAAUGUAUAAAUUGAUUGUCACGUUUUACUUCUAUUUUCUCCCUACCAAUAAUUUGCCUCUGGGAGAAUUUUAUAGUUUUUUUCUAUUUCAUUUUAAUGAAUAACGGUAUGUUAAAUGUAUAAUUAAAACAGAGCAACAAAGCUCUGACUUUUGUUCAGAGUACUGAAGAUUACUGCUUCUGUGGCAUCUUUAAGCAGGGUUGUUAUUUGAAUGUUUUGUAACUGUUUGAUGGCUUUUCUGUAAUGUAAUUUUUGAAUGUUCAGGUGUGGUAUUUCCAAAGUUUUAACUUUAAAAAACCAUCUCCUUAUUCCUAUUUUGUUGUCUGGACCACACAGUCUGUUACAUAGGUGCCAACAUUUAAUUCUUUUCAUUGGAACAUUUACUUUUCUCCAUAUUGGUACCUGCUUUGUCUGAGAGGUUUGAAAUCUGGUUUACCAAGUCAAACUUUACAUGAUAUACAGAAGUGACAGAGAAGUUGUACUACUUGUUUGGGAAAAUGAGUUCCCACUCCCCUCCUCACUGCCUUCCCCCUCACUUCAAUCCAUUGUGGCUGACAUGGGACAGGAAUAGUACUCAUUUGAGGACAGGGGUGCAAGUCACAGACAUCACAAAAUCAGGACCUCCCAACUGAACCAUUCACUUGCUGGCAACUAUGAGUUUAUUCCCUGUCAUUCUGUUUACUUAGCAUUUGCACUACACAUGAGUGUAUGCUUUAUUUAUUUGUAGUUUGACAUCUUAUGUCUGACAGCUGAGAGUAGAAAAAUACAACAUUUACCUAAUGACAUUCGCUAACAUGGGAAGAGUUGUGAAAAUUCUAGAAUGCUUAAAUCCUUAUCAUACACUAUGACAUACAACUUCAUCACACUCCCACCAGGAGCCACUCUCCUGUACUUAGAAAUAAUGUCACAAGUAGUUUUCUAAUGUACAAUGCAGGCAAAUAUAUUGCUGUCUGAAUACUUGAAGAAAUGGUAUUACACAUAUAAGCCUAUUAGUUAUACCUUUUCACAAUCUUAUAAUAUUGCCGUUAAAAGGGAAAAAAGACACAGGCAAUGAAUGGUGGGAUGGCAACAGGACUUAGAGUGUAUGAAUGAGUUGAUUUUGCUUUUUUGGAAUUGGAUAAAGGUGACAGUAGGCAUUCACUGGAUGAUUAAGCAUAAAUUAAUCUCCACUGUGAUAAAAAC